AUGGAGAAUCGCUAGAGACAAUAUUCAAAUCCAAAUCUUGGCCCAAGCUAAAACUCUAUUUACAAUAACCAAAAUUUCAUUCAGAGUACAAACCUUUAGAAUUCAAGCAUUCAAAGUGAUGCUUCGAAUGUAUUUCAAGCAAGAAUCUCUUAACAAACUCAUUUUAAUCCUAUGGGAAAUGAAAAUUCUCCCAUUCAUACUAAUAAUUCUAGUGGCUAUAACAGUAACAGUUUCCCAACGAAUAAUAGCAAUGAAACUAUAUAAAACAACAGCUAAAAUAUUCAUUUUAAUUACACUGAAUAGUAAGCUCUAGAUUCGUUUAGAAGAUAUGACAACAAUUAAACAGAAUAAUCUAGAAUUCACUCAAACUCAAUUGUUAGUGGGAAGGUUAUUGAUCUCUCGCAUGUUUAGCCAUUCAAUAAUUUUAGAAAUGAAAAUAGUAUACUCAAUGAUAUGAGUUAAAGUAUGAUCUUAAGAGAUGACACUGUAUCUCCAGAUAUGCCAUUCAAUUUUAAUCAGGACAAUGAUAGAGACUAAAGUUAUGAUGAAGACCUUUCAUUUCAACAACAAACAAUUAAAACUAAGCAGGACAGGAACUAAAUCCUACCUUACUAAAGAGAAGGAGAUAGCUAACAAGACCUACAGCAAGAGCAAGAUUUUGACUAGAAUAACGAUCCCUACUUAGAACAAUAAGAUGAUCAAGAUAAUGAUCAAAUAAAUAUGGAUGACUAAGAAUAUUUUGAUUAGAUUAUAAUGGAGAACCAACAGCUAUAGAAAAAAUUAAAAUUGACAGAAAAAAGGCUUUACAAGACUGAAAGCCAGCUUGAGAAAGCAAAAAGUCUAAUUAAAGAGUUAGAUGGUAUGAAAAAUGAUAUAAUAAAGAUAAAAGAAUAGGCUAAUGGAGAUAAUCUUGAUGAGAUAGAUAAUUUUAAAACUGAAAAUCUUAUUCUAUUGGAAAAAGUGAGAGAGCUUGAAAGCUAGAAAAGUACUCAAUCUAGGACUGAUGAUGAAAUUAUAAUGAGAGAAAGAUUGAAUUACGAAAUGAAACUUAACUAGUUAAAUAUGGAUAAUCAAAAACAGCUAGAGGAGUAUCGCAUUGCAGUUUCAUAAAUAAAAGCUUUUGAAACUCGGCUAGAGUAGUGCACAUUAGACAUCGAAAGCAAAAAUAAACAGAUUGACGAUCUAUAACGUCUAUUAAAUCAGAGCCAACAAUAAUAAAGAAAUCUUUCAAGUAAUAGCAAUCUAAUCGAAAAUAAUCAUGAUUAGAUUAGCAAUUAUAACAUGCCUAAGAACUAGAAUCCAAGACCAGAGAGACUAUAAUCACUUUUUAUCAGUAGUGAGCGCCAUAGUGAUAAUAGUGGAAGGACACACACAAUUAAAACAAGUCAUUAAGAUUAUAUAGCUCUUAGAAAUAGAAGUUUAUCGGGGGAGAAAGGAGCUUAAUAGAUGAACACUAUAAGUUAAGAUAUUGAUUAAACCUAUCCAGAUGAUACUUUAGAAUUCGCAACCAGAGUUAGAAGUAGGAGAGAAAGUAGAAUUCAAGAUUAUCCCUAACCAAUUGUGAAUGAGAGUCAUAUUUUCGAAAAAAGAUUUAGAAAUUAUCAAACUAACUCUAGAGAGCGAUAUACUACUUAAGAAAAGCAAUAUAAUAUAAGUGAGAUCUAAAAGGAUGAAGGAAUUAAGAAUAAUUUUUAUAGACAAAAUAAAGUAGCCUAUGAUUAAAAGUAGGUUUAAGGUCUCCUUGAUAGAUGCUCUAAGCUAGAGUAAUACUGUAGAGAGUUAGUGAGAGUUAAUAAAAUUUUAGAUUGUGAAAAUAGACUGGCUAUAGCUUAACUCAUUAACUUAACUGAUCUAAAUUAACUGAAUAAUCUUUCAUAAGCAAUUAAUUUUGUGAGUACUUCAGGGAAGAUUUACGAUAAAAACGCAAAGUAAAAUGUAGCUUUAACAAAUAUAAAGAAGCCAUUUAAUCCAAGGUUAAAUGCUGUUAAGCCUAAUCAAAAUUGUGUCAAAGAAAGAUAGCAUUCCUAACCGAAAACUGGCAGAGCUCUUACUAACUUAGGUUCCUUGAGAAAACCAAGUAAUAAUUCUAGAUUUUUCUAAAACAAUUCUCUAGUAAUUGACAAAAAAUAUAAUAAUAAUGAGAUUGAGCCCAAGAAGUUAAAUUUGAGCACCUUUUCAACUAUAAAUAAUCCACCUUAAUAAUAACCUCUAAGUCUCUACAAAAAACCUUAAAACAAGGAGAAUAAUCCAAGUGUUAAUCAUCAUUCAGUUAAUCUCGGAAUCAUUCCUAAAAUGGAUAAUUCUUUUGUGAGCAGUAAUUUCUUAACCUCGAAUGCACCGAUCAAGCCUUUCCAUAGAAAUGAAGUCACUUAUAGCAAUUAUAAGAGCUUAGUUACUGAGGGAUCAGAGAAGAACUAAUAAUCCAAACUUUAAAUGGCGUAAAUCUAAUUAAAAAUUUGA